GGUUAAUAAUMAUAGUGUUUUUCUUCCGUCAAAACCAAGGGAGCGACCUCRACACGGUAUUUUUUGUGAWAUGGCAGGAUAGGCAAUACCCAAUUGUACCGUAGUAAGGCCCGAAAAAGUAGCAAAGAACUAGGAUAUUGCUGCGGCAUCAAACCUGUGUGUCCUUAAAGACCAAGGAACRCAAAGUACCGCGUAAGGAAACGAUCGCAAUUAAUAAUUCGAUAAAGAACAUGUUCAGUCAACCCUUUGUCUACCUYUCCCCUGGAMAUCAGCAACAGCAUCGUCUCGCGGGUGGAAAGGAAGAGAUUGYGCUUACAWCUAGUCUUGGCGAUGCUAACGCGUURUCAUCAAAGCCUCCUKCUUCGACAAUUUCAUCGAAAGUGAUGGUGGGAGGGGAAGUUUCGAACAAUACGUGGGGAAAAAGUGAGUGGUUCCUCGGUARGCAAAUCCAAACKUAUCAUUUGCAGCAGCAGCAGCAGCACGUAAGCAUAUUGAAUGCAAUAUCGGCAAGCGCAAGUCGUGCAAUAACCGAUCAUGGUAGUUUCGGAUCAAGUCYYAAAUUAUCGGCCGAACCACAGAACAAUUAUACCUACCACCACGGAACGGAUCUGAACUGGAAUGCCUUCAACUGCGAAUCAGGUACAGAUAAGUCAAAACCGAAGCACCAUACUACUAGCAAACACCGCGUUAGAAGCGAUAGCGAUACWGCUACUGCGACAACCCUAACAACUCCGUCUUGUAGCUUGUUUUCGGAAUGUUCCUUCUCCGAAGACGAACACGACGCAGGAGGAGARACCAUGGAAUUCCUCUUGGGAGAUAUCGAGGAGAGUGCGUUCCCCCGGGUGAACGAAAUCGACGAAGAUGGCGGUGAUCACAGUAAUGACUGUGCUAACGAUAUCAUCAACGUUGGUGAUCGUGACGAACACGAUACUGGAGAUAUCGACAACAGCGACGAGUGGUCGCACACUACACCACUUCGACGGAAUGCAUCAUCCUUUGUGGUUCAGGAGGCMUCAGAAGCAUUGAACAAGUCCACAGAGACCACCACAACUACAAAAACRAAAACAGAAACUACCACAACCACGACCACUACUCUUACACAUACCACCACUGCUAGCACAACACACAAAAACAAAAACAUUUUUGUGUAUCCUAGAUUUGUUCCUGGAAACAACCRAGCAACGCCCCCUGCAAAUKCAACUGGAAUUGCACCUAAACACAAUGAUCAAAGGAAAGAAUCAACACAAGCUAACAGUCCAUGCGGUGCUGGUGGAUUUCUAAAGCAGACAGGCAUCAACAAGAACGCCAAUGACUCCAUGGUUCCGUUUAGUGAUUCCCAAGAAAACCSUUCAAUUACAACUGCACCGAGCAGUGCCUUGGCGUAUCCUCACCAACAGGACUUGCAACAUUCAAUAUGUUGCCCGUGCUGUGCUUCCAAGCAACAACAGAUCGAAAGGCAAGACAUCGAGUUGAAACAGAUGAACAUGUUGGUAAAACAACUUAGUAGAUUGCUGGCCGAUGUCKUUCGUUCCCAAAAUCAACACAGCGAUUUGCACAAUAGCAAGAAUCGACUUACCCGACAGCAAGAGACAAUUUCCAACCAUCCCCAUUCCACCGAAACAAAUCUUUCGUCGUAUUURAGUCCCAAGCGACGCAAUCCAAACGAACAAGACUCCGUCACCACCACAACCAGUCCCUCGUCGUCGUCAUCUUCGUCGUCGCUUUCUUCUAUAUCAUCAGCUCCGCAGAGAAAGAUUUCUUCCCUCCCUAUCACCUGUGUUGGUUCACAGUGUCCUCGUAGCAAAAACCAUCGCAUCGAGGUGAACGGAGAAUCGGGAACCUACCGUGGACCGUCUAUUUCUAGGGACGAGAAUGGCCGAAACCACUAUCAGAGGGCAGGUAUUUUACAGGGGUGCGUUGUUCGAUUUGACAACGGAGAUUUGUAUGUUGGCAGCCUGAGCCGCAACGACACUGGAAGUCUCACCUUCUACCCACCAGGAACCCUGUACGACGCCACCAGAWCCCCCAAGCGAAGGCUACGAUGAUCAUCCAUGGYGCCAUGUCUGUAUUACUUGUAUACUUUAUACUAAAUUUGUGUAAAUUAAAAAUACAAAUCAACU